AUGGCUAAUGGUGAGGUUCUGGAAGAUGGUACUAUUUUGAGAUCCGUUACUAGCAAGUUUAAUUAUGUUGUUUGUAGUAUUGAGGAGUCCUGGGAUACAAGUAUCCUAACCAUUGUUGAAUUGCAAAGCAGCUUGCUAGUGCAUGAACAACGUAUGAGAUCUCAUGAUGAUGAAGAACAUGCUUUGAAGAUCACUCAUGGAGAUUGUUCUAGUGGCUGGACUAGAGGAUGUGGUGGCUUCAAAGGUAAAGGAAGAGGACGAGAAAUCACUAACAGAGAAGAUACUUGGUUUCUUGAUUCAGGAUGUAGCAAUCAUAUGUGUGGAAAGGAAGAGUACUUCUUAGAUUUUGAUGAAAAUUUUAAAGAUACGGUGAAGCUUAGCAACAACACAAGCAUUGUUGUAAUCGAAAGGGGUAAUGUAAGGCUACAAGUGGAUGGAAUGGUGCAAGUAAUCACAGGGGUGUCUAUGUGCCAGAACUAA